GCAACAUACAAUCACAGGGUGAUCAAAUUCAAAGUAAACGAGACGAUGAGAAACAUUUUACAGGCCAUGAUGAUGAUCGUUGUUUCGCUAUUACUUCAGCAGAGCUCAUUAAUGGCGGAGCUGGUCAUUAGGAAGCCAAUAUUAUACGAGUUGUCGAGCAGAGACGAGAUGUUGCACAUGGCUGGAUACGGCGAGGAGAAGCUGUCUACCGUCCUCGUUACUGGCUCUGUUAUUUGUGAAGCUUGCCGGCUCCAUUCACAACUUCGUUCAUGGCCCAUUUCAGGGGCUAUGGUGGGUGUUAAAUGUGAAACUCCAUGCAAGACCAAAUCAAGCACAACACAAGCUACAACUGAUGAAUAUGGAGAUUUUAUAAUUGAUCUUCCAUCACACCUCCAUGGAAUUGCCAAUUUGGAAAAGAUAUGCUCGAUUAAAAUUAUUCGAAUACCAAAGAAGUCGAUGUGCCGACCAGCAUUAGUGAAGAAACACAAGCAUUUGAAACUUUCAUCCGUCGGAAACAGCAUUCGCACGUACACCGCCGGAAAAAUAAGAUUCCAACAUAUCACAUCUAAACCUUUGAAAUCAUGCAUUACAAAGCCUAUCAAUACAACAAAACAAACAGCUUGAACGAGGGAUACACUUGGGAUAUAUGUACACGAUCAUAUGGCUC